AUGACGGCUGUUCUUUUUACCCUCGCCUUUCUGGCGCCAGCAAUCGCAAAUGCAGCCGCACUAUCAAAAGCAACACCAGAGCCUACACAUUUCGUCUCUUCAGUGGAUAUAUGGGGUCCUGCGCCAACAGCAGCAGCACAACUGCCCUUGUCUAUAUUCAAACGGCAGACCAGUGGAAGCGACUACACAUGCGGCUUCGUCUCCGGAUCGCCAGACAGCCCGAUAACAUGCGCAAACCCAACCCAGAAAUGCGCAACAAACACCUACUUCGGCAUCCACGGCUGCUGCGACCCAGCGUCAAACGCCCCCUGCACACUCCCCACAUCCUGCAUCGCAUCCACCGACAUGACCGCCUCAUGCACAGACACCGCCUGCUCAUCCGACGAGGCAAUCGUAAAAUGCACAACCAGCACCGCUCAAAAAUGCUACCAGUGGCACUUCAUCUACGAUAACAUGGUGAUGACACAGCAUGGUUGCGCCGAAACAGCUUUUACCAGCACUGCAUAUCGCUCCACAGGUAUGAGCAUAUUAUUAUCGAGUAAUACGGAAACGGGGAAAAGAGAGACAGUUACCGCGACUGUGACUACGAAGGAAGUUGUUUCCAGCAGUCCUAGUCUUCCUGCUGUGACGGAAGAUAAAGAUACAACGACUUCCGAGGAAGGAAAAAAUAGUCUAGGAGCAGUGAUAGGCGGUACAGUCAGUGCUUGCGUCUUCGUUUGUUUCCUUGCUUUUGUGGGUUUUCUGGCGUGGAGGCGGCGGAGGAACUUGAAAGGGCGGAAUGCGCAAUCCUACAAGCAACAGCAGUCAAUGAUAGAGUAUCAUGCUGUUUUGUAUGGAGAUGAUAACAAGGCUUGGGAUCAGCAGCAUGGGGUGGUGGCGUGUGAGAGGGUGAUUUGCAUGGGAGAUGGCGUGGGUGUUAUCGAGAUGGAUGGGACACAGAGACCUGUUGAAGCGCCGACGGGAGAGAAGUGA